UGUAAACGAAGACAAGCUAUUCCCACAUUCAUGAAUAAAUACUCAACCUAUAACUUGUAUGGCAGCGAUUCUGUAUGUAAUAUACUCCAUUCUUCACCUGAUAUUUGUCAUGAAAGAGAAGCUAAGAAAUUGGCCAAACCCCCACGAAUAGACCUGCACAGGGAGCGAUGUUUUCCCUGCUCAACUCCGGGUUGGCUUCUAUUCAAAUUUGGGUCAGGGGUGAGGAAGCCUAACGUCAUAAGCUUGCAACAUGGCGUCCCGAAGGCUGUGAGAUGAGCAAGAGGAUGGUAAAUUGAGAACGAUCCUACCGAUGUUUUAAGCUUUAGGUGGUGUUCGUGUAGGAAGAGAGCAAGAGAGGGAGAGACAGAAGGAAGGUGGAAAUGGAACUGCCAAAUCAUGCCAAACAAUUGCUGCUGCAACUCAACCAGCAGAGAGCCAAAGGCUUCUUGUGCGAUGUUAUUAUUGUGGUGGAGAACGCGCUCUUCCGCGCCCACAAGAACAUCCUGGCGGCCAGCAGUAUCUACUUCAAAUCCCUGGUGCUCCACGACAACCUCAUUAAUCUGGACACGGAGAUGGUUAACCCCUCUGUGUUCAGACAGGUUCUGGACUUCAUCUACACUGGGAAGCUCCUUUCGUCCUCGGAGCAGAGCAACGAGCAGAACUUCAGUGCCCUCUUAACUGCAGCAAGCUACCUCCAGCUUAAUGACCUCGCAGCGCUUUGCAGAAAGAAGCUCAAGCGCAAUGGCGGAAAACCGUUGCUGGGUAAACCCUCCACUCCAGGCCCAAACAGCCGCUCACGCCUCAACAACCAGCGCCUUUCUUCUUCAACCCCUUCUAACCACUAUCCCCCAACCCCUUCUGAUGCUGAUCAACCACAGCCAGACGAAGGCCUUCGGGAAAAGCUCUCAGAUGACGAGAUGUUUGUUGGCAGCUCGGGAAAGAACGGUAACGGGGGCAAUGGCGGCAGUAAUGGCAACCUCAGCAGUGGAGCCAGUGCUGGGGAGCCGGACCACGGCCUGGACUUGUCCAAAAAGAGCCCUCCCUCUGCGGGUACAACCACUGAUGCCCUUAGCCCCCACAGCAACUCCCAAGAGUCCCCUCAAUCUGCCUCAGUAUCCACAACCAACAGUGCCUCGCUAGAUGACUCCUCGACAACCCUACCAGGCUUGGAUGCCUGUGGCCAAGAGCCCAUGGAGCUCACUCCUAACCCCAAAGCCCCUGAACAAACUGGUUUUGAACAAACUCAAUCCCAGGCAGACGGCCCAACACCCCAUAAAAAGUCCCGGCAGGCGUCUCGCAAGAAGGAAUGGCCGAAAAAAGAUGCGUCCGGGCUCAAGUCCGAAGACUAUGAGCGGCCCCUGGUUAACGGGGUGAUUGUGGGUCCGAAGGAGGGCCGUUCCUCUAGCAGUGGUGCUGGAGCGGGCAGUGGCAGCAGCUUCGCCUCUGACCAGUCCUUCCAGUGCAAAGAGGAAGAAGAUGGAGGCGAGAAUGGGCAAGACCACACAGACGAUAGCGGGCAAAGCGAAGGUGAGAACGCGGGAGGCACCGGUGGAGGAGGUGGAGGAGGUGGCGGCGGCGGCGGCGGUGGCGGCAAGGGCAAACACGGCGCCAACUACGUAUACCGCCAGGAAGGGUUUGAGCCGGCGUUCGGAGACAACCUGUACGUGUGCAUCCCGUGCGGCAAGGGAUUCCCAAGCUCAGAGCAGCUCAACGCUCACGUCGAAACUCACACAGAGGACGGGCUGUUUGUCAAAGAGGAAGGUGGGACGACGUUUGUUAAAGAGGAAGACGAGGACGAGGCCGAGGACCUCUCCGCCCCGGUGGGUCCCUCCAACUUUGGCGGCACUGAGACUCGCCCCUUCAGGUGCACCAUCUGCGGAAAGAGCUACAAAGACCCGGCGACGCUGAGGCAACACGAAAAGAGCCACUGGCUGACCAGGCCCUUCCCGUGCAACAUCUGCGGAAAAAUGUUCACCCAGAGGGGAACCAUGACACGCCAUAUGCGCAGCCACUUGGGGCUCAAGCCGUUUGCGUGCGAGGAGUGCGGCAUGCGCUUCACUCGCCAAUACCGUCUGACGGAGCACAUGCGCGUCCACUCCGGGGAAAAGCCCUACGAAUGCCAGUUGUGUGGGGGGAAGUUCACCCAGCAGCGCAACCUCAUCAGCCAUCUGAGAAUGCACACCUCGCCCGCUUAAAAUCGCGUCAAGCCAAAGAACUCUUGGGGGGAAAAAAAGAUAGUGAAAGUACCUUGCUCUAUUUGACUGGUUUUUCCGUCAUGUCAAGACAAGAAACGCACACACAAACACAUUGACAUGCAUUCGCACCCAUUUCUAAGUAUUGAUUCCAGUUGGAGCUCCGACCUCUGGCUAAGUGAAUUAUGUAGCUGCUGGCCAGAGGACGUUCUCGGGGGAUAAUGGGAUCUAUUUUAUUAUUAUUAUUAUUAUUAUUAUUAUGUUCGAAUCAUGAUUUCAUCAACUACACCUCGAGUAACGUCCUUUUACCUCUCAGGAGAUAUGGAGGGGUGAUGUACAACCACCCUCCCUCUCUAAAUUCACCGGGCCACACUGGAGUGUCAAGGCAUCUUCUCUGUGUUGUUAAGUCUGACAAAUGUGAAUGUUGGUACCGAUGUUGA